AUGUCAGGCCUGUAUUGUUACGGUCUGAGUGCUUUGACUUGGGACAGAUUUGGUAAGCUUGAACAUUCUAUUGAAGAUCAUAGUCAUCGAUUCUGCUCAUUUGAAGAUGUUACACCAGCGGAAAUCAAAAACAUCAUUAAAUCAUCAUGCAAUAAGACUUCUCCACUGGAUCCAUUCCCUUACCAGCUUAUCGGAUCAAUCAUUCAACUGAAACGGCUUUACUUCAUAUCCCUGAUAAUGUAUUUAAUUCAUGCAACAAUAAAGAAACCACAAUUCUUGCUGGACUGGACCUUGGAAUUUGGUGUCAAGGGUUCCGUCCUUUCCUGGCUAUCUUUAUACUUAACUGGUCGCAGUCAAUUUGUCAAAAUAUCCACACACUCAUCUCCGAUAGUCUAUCUGUUUCAUGCUGUCCCUCAGGGGUCUGUACUUGGACCACACUUAUUUAGAGCUAAAAAGGAAGAGAGGAACUUUUGUGGUAAUAAUACUAAAGCUAUUGAAUGCGAAAAAUUUGCUAAAGAAUAUUUCCAAAGAGCAGAAAAAUCCGAAACGGUUCAAAAUAAGACUGAAAUUGAUCCAAACAGUGUUUCAGUUCUAUCACUUCCAUUUAUUACUCAUGUUACAUCUGAUAUACAUACUUAUCCAACAGCAGCAUUGUUGAAUAAAAAUGCAGAAGAAGACAAUGUAUUCACAGAGAGAGUUAAUAAAUCAACAAAAUCUCAGUAUGUUGUAAACGUUUUAGUGAGUCAGAAUACCUCGUUUAACGUUCAAAUUGGGGACCAGAUGCAAGUUAUUAGUGGACCAGCAACAGUGAGGAUGGUGUCAAACACACCGCCCGAACCAAUUCAAACUCCUAAUGAGCAGGAUCAAGUUGUUCAACAAAUUGUUGAUGACACUGUCAACUAUAUGCUGAUGAUUCUUAUAUUUUUACUUCUUUUCCUCCAUCGAAUCUCAAUAGUUUUCUUCAUGAUCUCUAUGUCUUUCUUUAAUUAUCGCUUGGUCUGA